AGAUUAAAUUUAAUAUUGUUUAAACAUCUAGUGCUUAAAUAAAAUUCAAUUCUGAUUAUGGCUUAGUAUUUGCUGUUUAUUUAGGAAUUAUAUGCUUUAAUCUUACUUUGUAAAUAGUUUGACCAAAUAAACAUUUUAUUCAAGAUAUGUCUUUUUAUUAUAGCUUAAGCUACUUAGUAGUCAACAACAACAAAAAAAUAGAUUAGAAGAGUAAUAAUUCAGGGUAAUCUCUUAUAUGGUGUUGUCAAAAGUUUGAUAAAAUUGUGUCAAGAUAAUAAAAAGAGCAGUGUAUGUCACAAACAAAGUACAUUUAUAGAAAUGGACGUGGACGUGGAGUUUUGGCCCUAAAUUCGCAUGAGCCAUGUCCGAAGCCAAUAGGGUUAAAUACCAAUUUGCAAAAAAGUCUACUUAACUCAGUUGAUUCCGUGGUUGAAGUUAAACCAGCAUUACCAGAGCUAAUGGCUAAAUACAGCUACAAAGCAGAUGAUUUACAGUCAGGCGGAUUUGUUGAACUAACAAUUAAACAAGGGGAAAAGCUUUAUCUAAUCAAAAAAUCGCACAUUCCAACUUCUAACCCUCAUUGGUGGGAAGUUGAAAACACCCAAGGACAAGUUGGUUAUGUUCCUGCAAAAUACUGUUUGAUUCUAGAGGAAAAAUUAACGAGUUUACCUUGGUUAGAAAACAAACGUCUUAUGGAAAAUACUGAGUUAGAUAUGGAAGCUAAUAAUAAAAUUCUUAACGAACCGCGUAAAAUAAAACCUUACGUUUCUACAUAUCAAUCAAAUCAAACAGCUACUCAAAGCUCUGAUUUGAAAUCAACUGCAGAAACAAAACGAUUCUAUUGUGAAAUUUGUGAUAAAACAUUGAAUGGACCCCAGCCUUAUAAAAUGCACCUAGCAAGUAAAAAUCACCGCGAGGAAGAAGAACGUUUAGCUCUGAUUUCAUAAACGAUUUUGUUUAUCAAAUCGCCUUUGUGCAAUAAUUACUGUUUUAGUUAUAAUGUACUUUCAGAAUUCGAUGCAUCGUGCAUCAGGAUCGUGGAAUUUUUAGAUAAUUGAAAGGAAGAUUCAAGCAUCGGCUACUUUUUGUUUGUUAUAUUUUUAUAUUAGCAGUAGUUUUUUAAUAA